GUGGUGGUGCAGCAACGGGCGUCGACCGUUAUCACGUCAGUCAAAUUCUUACCCUCAGUCGCGUAUUUCAUCUCGCGAAUGACGAACACGAGAAUAUUAUUUUCCUUCCUCAUCCUUAUUCUCCUUUUCCUUUUUAUUCCACGAAUAAAUGAAUUCAAAUAUCGCAUCAUUUCAUCUCACUUUUCAUUAUUUCUCAUUGAUAUAAAAUUUCAUCUCUCUCUUGUUUCAUAUAUUUUACAUUUUAUUUCUCCUUGUCGCGAAAAAGACAGACAACAUUUAUUUGUCUAUUCGCAGGAAACAUUUCGUUAUCAAAAAUCCAAAGUUGGCUAAGUUUUUGUUUUGUUUUGUUUUUUUUUUUAAUCAAAAAGACGAAUUGAGUAUUUGUCGUGAAAUAAAAACGAUCAGUGUUGAUUCGAAAGAAAAGAAAAAUAAAAGAUAAGAGAGAGAGAGAGAGAGUGAAAAAUUAACGUGGCUUCUCAAUUUCACCGACUGUCAACGUGGUGUGCACAUAACCAGGUGUGCAUCAGAAAUCUUCGGAGUUGUUUACUGGAUUAAGUCAAAAGAUAAAUUUGUCCAAAGACGUUAUACACAAUUUGACACGAAUUGUGUUCAAUUAAUCAUCCCGUUGGAUUCAACACAAUCGAUGCAACUUUAUUAAGAAUGAACAAGAUGUGUUUAUUUAACGUGACAUGAACCGAUCAAUGUUUCCAUUUCUAAAGCAUAAUACUUAUUUUUCAUCGGUUAAUGUACUUGGAUAUAUACCGCGCGUAUAUAUCCAUCAAUCGCAAUUUUCUCGUAUUCCCCUUACAUCAUCCAUUUACAGUGUCAUACGUUACGCGUGCUCUACUUUCUGUCAUACAUCGAAUUCCUUUUAACAAAGGUCUGCGAGAUCCUAAACUAACCCCUCCAAGCAAAUUUCUUAUAUCGUGAUCGUCAAUCGAAAUUCGUUGACGAAUCUCUAUACCUCAUUUUUCUUCAUCGUUAGUUUGAGAACAGGCUUGGGAUUCGUUUACUUUUAUUUGACCCAUAAAUGGAUAAGUGCGAGGGCGGAUAAAUCUUCAGUUAUCAUCAGUGAGAUGUUCCCAUGAGAAGAGUCGUCUGCGAGGUGAUGUCUUGUUGUUGCUGGUGUUGCGACAGCGGGAACAGUACAGCUGGUCCAAGAGGAACAACUGCAACAGCAGCAGCAGCAACAGCGGCAGCAGCAGCAGCAGCAAGUGCAGUUGUUGUUGAGAAUCAUAGUGGGAGCAACGCGAACGGGGGUGGUGGCCUUGGAAUAGCAUCCGGCCUAUCUGCAAUACUCUCCCUUGUCGUUGUCACCGUUGCCAUAAGCACGGGCGAGUGGUUGUUGACUGAGGAAAAGCUUCCUAAGACGUCCUCGAACGCAUCCGUCGAACCGGACAGCAAAGUCACUUACAGUGGGCUCUGGCGCGUUUGUGUGGCCAUAAGCUCGCGUAUGGAAUACGAGUGUUCGAGUAUCGACUAUUUUCCAAACGAGGAGUAUAGUCCUGAUCCCAGUGACUCUACUAUGGCAAUUCCGUAUGCAGUUACGAAGUCGGCCAUGUUUUUCCUCGCGGCUACGUCGUUGCUGGUAAUCGCGGAAAUUUGUUAUUUUGCCGCACACAUUACUCAUCCAAGGCACAGACUUUGUGUCUUCGUAGCUGGGGUAGUCUUCAUUGUUUCCGGAUUACUCAUGCUGGUUGGGAUGGUCAUGUACAUAUCAAUUUUCAAAGCCGAAGUUGGUAGCAAACUUAGGCCGCGAUCAUCUUUUCAGGGACCUCCUUUCACGUAUAGAUACGGGUUUUCAUUUCUGUUGUAUGUGAGUGGCUUCAUCACAACCGAGGUGGCUGGUACAUACGCUAUUUUUCUAUAUAUCUCCUGGCACCAACGAGAAUUGGUACGAAAGGACUUGAGACGCAAAAAUUAUGGGGGUGUUUAUCACUUGGACAAUCAUCACGCAAAUCAUGCCAACCAUGCGCCAUUAGCUCAUGGCAACUUUAUCUGUGAGAGACAUCAGAAAAGAUAUUUCUUUGGAAGGGAUUCCGUCGAUUAUGUCGAUUUCGAUGAAUUUCUACCACCACCACCUAACUUGGAUCAUUACGAUUAUUACAGACAGUUUCCAAGAGAUCUAACUGCCCUAACGGUGAGCACGACGGCGGACAUACUGCAGCAGCAGCAGCAGCAGGAGGAGGAGGAUGCACCGGAACCAGACACGGAUUACAGUCCAAGCGUCCGGCAUGAGUUCGUGACCUUUGACCUCGAGGAUCCAGCACCACCACCAACACCCGUAAGAGGCUCCGACUGGGCCUUCGCAGCUCUCAGAAGAACAACUCCCGUCUGAUAUAGCGUCAGGUAUGCGAGGUUGGUGCAAAACGUCGACUACGAUGACAUGAAUGAUGACAUCGAUGACGACGACGACGAUGACGAUGACGACGACGAAGAUGAAAUGGAUGAGAAAUUGGACAAAUGUAUGGUAGAGGAACAAGAGGAUGUUUUAAUGUUGGACAAAAGCUGAAAAUGAUGAUUCGGAAUUAUAAACCGAAAAGCAAAUCUUUCGUUUGGCCUAUUGGAAAUCGUACGAGACUGUUGAAAAUAUAAAUUUUGGGACAAUUCCUUUGUUGAACUACGAAUAAAUGGCACAAAGUGUUUAAAAAAAAAAAAAAAAGAAAAAAUGGAAAUAUCCGUGGGUUGACACUUGAUGAUAAAAGCCUUGCGAUUUAAUCUGAAAAUAUUAAUCGAUGAUAAAUUGAAUGAAUAUCAUCACGCAAUUAAAUAUGGACGAAUUAUUUAUAUUCUCAUUUAUUGCAAUAUUUGCACACACACAAAAAAACAAUUGUGCAAGCUGUGCGCGAUUCUUUUUCACCUUAUUUAACAUUGUAUAUAUAUAUAUAUAUAUAUGUAUAGGUAUUAUGAUAUAUAUAUAUAUAUAUACAGGCACUAGAAAUAAAUGAAAAAGUAAACGUUCUAUCUCGCAAAUAUUGCAGUCUGCCAGAGUUUUUGUUUUUUUUUGGUACUCAUAAAAAAAAAAAAAUAAAAAAAACCCUGACAGUCUGUGCAGAAUAAAAAUGUCUUCAAAGAUCUUGUCAUAAUUCGUCGUCGUAUCGGAAAAAAAAAAAAA